AUGGGACCAGAGACAGGCGCAGCCAAAACAGUGGCGAAGGGAAAAAACGACACGGAGUGGGGGAGGAGAGUGGGGGGCUCCAGGUGUGCCACCAGCUCCAGGAAGUACGCAGAGCAGAGGCAGCGGGCUAUACGCAGUGCUCAGCUUGGCUCCGGGCUUAUGGGCUGGAAACAUGGAGAGGCAGACACACGCAGGUACACACAUAAAUACGCACAAAUGGAGAGCUCCACGCUGGCCACGGCACAUCAGAGAGACUGCGAGAGGAGAGGAGGAAGUGGGCAACAGUGGAUUGAAACCACGUCCUUUUGCACAUCGAUGGAGGCAGCAACAGCAUCCGCCGUGGCAACACCAUCUCCUAGCAACGCCCGUCCUCUGCCCCAGGAGGAAAGUGGAGCCAGAUUAAUCAUGCAGGAGAGACACAGCAGGCCCCCGUUCGUUCUGCCUGGGGGUGAAGCUGUGCCCGCAUGCUCCGCGUAUCACAUGGCCCGCCCCCCUCCGCUCCCCUCGUCUCUAUCCCGCUCCACUGGGGGUGCAGUGGACGGGGUUAUCGCUGUGUGGUGGAACGCCAAAGAGCCAAACGGAGCCUUCUUUCCUUCCCUGGAAACUGGAGUUUUAUAG